UCUUUUGAAGCGCUUGUUUUUUCCCCCCCUUCCUCUCGACCACUCCAGACAGCACACCGGACUUCUCUCGUUCACUCUCGCAAGGAAAAAUGGGGAAACAGAACAGCAAGCUGACCCCCGAAGUGAUGGAGGAUCUGGUGAAGAACACAGAGUUUAAUGAACACGAGCUGAAGCAGUGGUACAAGGGAUUCCUGAAGGACUGUCCCAGCGGCCGACUCAACUUGGAGGAGUUCCAGCAGCUCUAUGUCAAGUUCUUCCCUUACGGUGAUGCAUCCAAGUUCGCCCAGCACGCCUUCAGGACCUUCGACAAGAACGGCGACGGCACCAUCGACUUCAGAGAGUUCAUCUGCGCGCUGUCCAUCACAUCACGAGGAAGUUUUGAGCAGAAACUCAACUGGGCCUUCAACAUGUACGACCUGGAUGGAGACGGCAAGAUCACACGGGUGGAGAUGCUGGAGAUCAUCGAGGCGAUCUACAAGAUGGUUGGCACAGUGAUCAUGAUGAAGAUGAAUGAGGAUGGCCUGACGCCCGAGCAGAGGGUGGACAAGAUCUUCUCCAAGAUGGAUAAGAACAACGACGACCAGAUCUCGCUGGAGGAGUUCAAAGAGGCGGCCAAGAGCGACCCGUCCAUCGUAUUACUGCUGCAGUGUGACCUCCAGAAAUAGGCCGGAGGGCGAGCGGAGCGCCGCACCAGCCGCCACGGACUGCACAGAAAGAAUUUCAUGUUCCAUUCAGUUUGCAGCUAUUUCCACUGAAAAAAAAAAAUGCUUGGACUACCUUUCAAUGGAUCUGCUUCUUGUGUUUGAAACACUUGUGUGCAUGAGAAUGUUAUUUGCUAUAAAAUCAAGAUCUACACACAACAUAUGACAAAGUGUGCGGGUGCAACAGUGCGGGUGCGCACCACAGACACACUCACAGUACAUACAAAACACACACACACACACACACAGACACACACACCUCUCACACACCU